UGAAGGAGCGGCGGGAAGGCGGAGCUGAGCGUCUUUCAGGUCUGCCAGUCUGAGGAGGCGACGUGGGGCUGAAGUUCUCUGGCGACGACCGGACCUGGGAUCCUCUCAUAAGAAACAUUGGCUGUAUAAUACCGAGAAGCGGCUCACUGCGUCUUAAUACUCGGUCCGGGGAAGAAAAAAAAUGUCCACCGUGAACUGGAAGCCUUUCGUUUUCGGCGGGCUUGCUUCUAUAACGGCAGAAUGCGGCACUUUCCCUAUCGACCUGGCCAAGACGCGCCUCCAGGUCCAGGGACAAGUCGGGGACAUCAAGUACCGUGAGAUCCGCUACAGAGGCAUGCUCCAUGCUAUCAUGAGGAUAGGACGAGAGGAGGGGCUCCGGGCGCUUUACUCGGGCAUCGCCCCCGCCAUGCUCCGUCAGGCCUCCUACGGGACCAUCAAAAUUGGGACGUAUCAGAGUUUUAAGCGGCUGCUGGUGGACAGACCAGAAGAUGAGACCUUGCUGACCAAUGUGCUGUGCGGCGUUCUUUCUGGAGUCAUCUCUUCUUCCAUUGCCAACCCCACUGAUGUGCUGAAGAUCCGGAUGCAGGCUCAGGGAAAUGUGAUCCAAGGCAGCAUGAUGGGCAACUUCAUCAAUAUCUACCAGGAGGAGGGCACACGAGGACUGUGGAAGGGCGUUUCUCUAACAGCUCAGAGAGCGGCCAUCGUGGUCGGCGUCGAACUCCCGGUCUACGACAUCACCAAGAAGCACCUGAUCCUGUCGGGUCACAUGGGAGACACCGUGUACACACACUUCCUGUCCAGCUUUGUGUGUGGCCUUGCUGGGGCUCUGGCCUCGAAUCCAGUAGAUGUGGUCCGGACACGCAUGAUGAACCAGAGGGGAGGGGCUCUGUACCAGGGAACGCUCGACUGUCUGCUGCAGACGUGGCGCUCAGAGGGCUUCAUGGCGCUCUACAAGGGUUUCUUCCCAAACUGGCUCCGCCUGGGACCGUGGAACAUCAUUUUCUUCCUCACUUACGAGCAGCUGAAGAAGAUUGACGUGUGACUGAACGAACAUCGGGAGAGAAAGCGAGCCGAGCUGUCGCCCAGGGACAAGCCGAGGGGACCAAAGUCAGGAACGUCUGGAAUGGUGGCGGCUCCUCGGCAGAGCCGGCGAGGGGGGAAAGCCAGGGGAGUACUCAAGUGGAAUCCGAUUCCAGAGCGACUCGCGUUUGCCUUGUGGCAAACGGGGGGAGGGCUGUGACAUGAAUACUCACGCGGCUUCUUGUGCUCAUCUGCCACUUCAAGGCGCUACAGAACCACGUUUCCGCUCAGACUCAAGCCAACUGUGAAAUUCUCCAGCUCUAGAAAGAAUCAACACUUUACAUUUCAGUCAAAGGCUGCUAUGCUUCAAAACCGUCUCUGUUAUGGUGAUGAAAAUGCGUCCAACCUGUGUUAUUUAAAUGGGUUUUUUUUUUCCACAUAAAGUGCUCUGUAAACUGUGUGCCUUAACCCAAUUUGUGGUUCAGGAUGUGAGCUGCACGUGGACUCCCGACUGUUGGACAGCCGCUGUGACAAUCGGCACAAUCAUUCCCCUUUGAAAAAACCAAUGCGUUGUGGGUUUUAUAUCUAUAUUUAAAAGUUUGAAGUUAUUUAUUUCUCGUGGUCUCCCUUGUGUAUUUACAGAGUAAAGGGCCAAGAACAGAGCGUGGUAUACUGCAAGCUUUAUAUUUACAUGCGUAUAUGGCUCAAAUGCCAGAGUUGUUACAUAGACGGGACAUUCAUCACAUGUGCAUGACUGGAAAGUAAAUAUAUCCUCUAGCCGCUCUCAGUGAUGUUCAAGCUCCUGUUACAUCUGUCACUUAGAAAAGUCAUCACAUAUGCAGACGAUAUGUAAACUUGCGUACACAUUUCACCGGGUCAGAUCAGGCGAUUCCCAUCGCCGCUUCAACACAGCGAUUGUUCACUCCACGCUAUUCCCUCGUACUGUAUUUAAACGCUUUAAGCUUUCGUCGGAAAGGAAUGUGUAUGCUGCUUCUGCCAAAGUGUAAGCCAGUGUCAUUAUUUUGUAAUAAGUUUAUUUAAGUGCAGAUGUGGACUUGUACAUUGAAAAUAAAAAUCGUGAAUUGUAACCACA